GCUAUUGCUGCCAACACAGUCUUUCGAAGCCUAGUUGGAACUUUCUUAGCACUGGGACGGCCGAUGUAUGAGGCCCUGGGAUUGCGGUGGGGAAACACGCUUUUGGGGUUUAUCUGUAUUGCUAUGGUCCCAUUCCCCCUGAUAUUUCACAAAUGCGGUGAUCGUCUCAGGGAGAGAAGAAUGUUUGUUGCCGAGAUGGAGAAAUAG